CUAAUCAAUACUUGAAAACUAUCAAUGUACAGUUUGUGCUGUUCUAUAACCAUAAAGAAAAAUUAUUUCUCACUAAAUCGGUUCUGAAAUAAAUCCAAAUAAAUAAAAUUAAUUACUGAAAAAUGGCUGCAUGGAGACAAGCUGGAUUAAACUACAUUAACUACUCGCAAAUCGCUGCGAAAUUAGUUCGCCAAGCCCUGAAGACCGAGUUCCGUACCGCUGCUGCGAAACGUGAUGAUACCAGUGUUAAAUUCACCCACUGGAAAGAGGGUAAACCAGUCAAAACCACAUAAACAGCCUCGCAGAUCGGUAGAGAGUUUCACUCAUCCCACACCAUGGUUAUAAAUAUUAAUUAUAAAAUAUAUUACCAUCAAAAUUAAAAAAUAACGAUGGUAAUUCAUUUAUUUGGCCACAUCAAUAGUUUUAUUUAAAUCGUCAUCUCUCAACCGGACAAUGGGCUUUGCAGUGAACUAAAAAAAUGUAUAAAUUAUUAAUAAAGAUUAUUAAUUGAA